GUUGAAUCGCCUUAGUAGCCACUCCAACACUUCCUUACAAAGCAUGACGGUAGGCAGGUAACCUGCCCGCCCUUCGACGCCUUACACUUGCCGUGGGGCUGCUGCUCGGCUGCAGGGGUAUCGGUGCUCUAGUGCUUACGGAGUACCUACUGCUCUCGCUUCUCCAACCACUGAUGGAACCAUCUAGAUUUUCCCAAUUUGGAAGGAGACAGGGGGAGAAGGGGCUGUCAAACUUUGAGUGGAGCAAACACGACACAUAUGGAUGCACAUUUCCGCUUGGAGACCGGGAGGAGGAGGUGAGGACGGAUGGUAGGUGAGGCAAUUAGGUUGACCUAAGAUUUCCCUUCUAGUUUAAAAUAGUCGACGGACACACAGACGGACAGAAAGAGACAACAAUUGAAACUUUCUCUGUCCUCAAUCUCACUCUCGUCAACAUCAAACCAAGCCCCCUCGAUACCAUCAUGGCGGCCACUGCCUUCGACCAGCUAAGAGCUCUCUUUCCCGACACUACUGAUAAGGUAGUGACUCCCACCAACGAGAAGCAGUACCAAGAUGCCGUGACCCGUCCCUGGUCGCAGACCUGCUGGACCCCCGCGGCGGGGUACGUCUACCUGAGCAGCGUUCAGGAACUGACCGAGGCGCUGGCCGUUGUUCGGAAGACUGGCACCAAGUUCGCCGUCCGCACCACCGGCCACAACCCGAACAUCGGGUUCAGUAGUGCCGACAAGACGGCCCUCGUGCUGGACAUCGGGCAGCUCAACUCCAAGGAACUGCUGACGACCGAAGAAGGCACCGCCCGGUUCGGGCCGGGAAAUACCUGGGGCGAUGUGUAUGCUUGGUUGGAGGAGCGGGGGUUGUCAGCCAUUGGAGGUAGGGAUCAGCAGGUAGGAUUGGGAGGGUUUCUCUUAGGAGGAGGUAUGGGAGCUUUGCCUAAUCUUUAUGGACUUGGUGCUGAUGGGGUGAGGAAUUUUGAGGUCCUGCUAGCGGAUGGCAGUCUCAUUAAUGCCAACGCGAAUGAGAAUUCCGAUCUCUACCGCGCCUUGAAGGGUGGUGGCUCUAACUUUGGUAUUGUGACACGGUUUGAUCUCGCAAUCCACCCUCUGAUCAACGUUCAAUACACCAUCAGCCUCUACAACCCCGAAGAUCACCUGGCGAUCAACCAGGCCACUGCGGCAGUCCAACAGGCCAUGGAGGAGGAUCCCAAGAUCGGGCUGUUCACCAACUUCAACAACGGCUUUGUCGCGGUAGGCUUGCUCUACGGAGACCACCCGACGAAGCCACCGAAGGCCUUUGAGCCGUUCCGCAACCUCAAAAGCCUGGUGACGACGGUGCUGCCUUCCACGAACGGCACACUCUUGUCGCUGGCCCAAGCCAUGGGCCAUGCCCAAGCGCCCAAAAAGCGAUCUAUUUGUACGGUGACCACCCAGGUUUCGCCCGAUCUUUACGAAGAAGUGUACAAGACCUGGGUCGAGGUCUGUAAGUCUCUCCCGACUGGCGCGGUCCUGCAUUAUACCAUUCAGCCAUUUGGCAAGGCUGGUGUUCAGGCUGGCAAAGAUCGCGGAGAGAAUAUCAUGGGUCAUGAGAGCGUCCCGCAAUGCUGGUGGGUUUUUACCUGUGAGUGGCCCGAAAAUGGUAGUGACGAUGCCGCAGCGCAGAAGGCCGUGGAGUCCAUGUCCGAGAAGGUGCAGUCUGUGGCCAAAGCCAAGGGAUUCCUUUUGGAGUUCAAGUGUAUGAGCUUUGCUACCGCCUCGCAGAAAGUUUUGGGUAGCUAUGGGGCUGAGAAUAUCAAGUGGAUGCAGGAGGUGGCGGCCAAGUAUGAUCCCAAGGGCGUUUUUCAGGAGUUGCAGAAUGGUGGGUUUCUUCUACGCGACAAUAUCUAGAUGCUUGCCUUGGAGGUGAGCGAGGAGAGAAAGGGGACCUGAUAGCGUCCAAUAACAAUGCGAGGCAUUUUAUUCUAUUAGAGUUCGAGCUCUCCGCUCUAGUAUGUUGGACAGCGCCAACCAAUACCGUAUUUUUCAUAGUCAUCCUGUAUGUACAGAGGGUACAGGGAUAGGUACAUGCAUG